ACAGAAUUCAGCAUUCCCUGGGAUAUCGAGUACGAGGGGUGCAAGGUACCGCACAUUUUACAUAUGACUGACUUCAGUCCUUGGCCCACGAGUGAUCCUAGGGAUGUUUGAAACAAAGCAGGAAUGUAUGAGGAGAUUAAAUUCCCAGUUAUGUCAUUGAAACUACGUAUCACUCUGUAUUAAGGCCCACUUAAUAUUUGUAGAUAAACUUUUUACAUGAAUUAAUAUUUUGAAAAAAAAAUGCUAUUAUUUUGAUAUAUUUUUAAUAUAUUGAUAUUUUUUAUACAUGAUCUUUUUCAAUAUUUUAAUACUUAGAAUAAAGAACUAUAAAAUGUUUAUCUAAAAAUAUAACAUUGAAUCUUAAAUGUCGUGUGUAGUUUUCUUGUUUUCUUGUAUUUAACGGAACAUUGCUAAACACAGGGUGGAGACAUUCCAGUUUACAAUAAUGUCUGUAAAAAUGAUUGAAAAUAUAAAAAAAGGAAUAUAUAAUGAUUUUUGUGAUUACCAUACAGUAGUAACAGAUAUAUUUUAUAAAAUAUAAUCAAACUAAUAAUAGAUUCACGCAGGUUAAAGGGAAUUACACCAGAAAAAGUCACUUACCUUUUGAGUGAAGAUUAUAUUUUAUUUUCCUGUCAUUCUCUGUGUUAUGGAGAUUAAGAUUAAGGUACAUAACAAUCAAAUAGGAGUCAUGACAAGAAUACACAUGCAAACGGGAUGCCGUUUUAGUAAAGGUUCUAAUAGGAACUACUGUGGGAAUUGGCUUCAUUUUUUAAAAAUAAAAGGAACGUCAGGCUAUUACAAUAUAUAUAAGAGGAUGACAUUCUCCAAAAUUGUUAAUCUAACAGGGAUGGCUAAACACGGGUAGUGUAGGUCAUACAACAGGCAUAGAGUGUCAAGGAAUGCAUGUCUUAAAAAAAUACCUCUGGGAUAUAAAGGAGAGAAAUGAAAUAUAGGUUGAAUGCCACAGGCUGAGCUAUUACAGAAAGCAAAAUAAGCGUUGUCGCUGCUGGGUUCUUAGCCUGGGAUAAACAAAGCAGAACGUCCAGCACUAUAACCAGGAUGGUAGCUGUAAUUGAAGAGAUCCUUCUGUGCUACGUAGGUAUGUUUCCCCAGCGGGAAUGUGGAUAUUGAAAGGGGUGGUUGCGGAGCAUCGGCUGCAUUGCAUUUCAGAGCGGACUGCAUGUCAGGAGAUCGUCCGCCUCUCUCAGCCACCAGGUAGCCUUCCACGCUAAGCCGCACAGUCAAUCUGCGGUAUUACUCAUAAGAAUCGUACGGAAGUUGUAUCCAAAGGCUCCCACUUGAUUCAUCAGUAAUCUACCAACAUGCAAGGCUGUAAAUAUCAUGAGUUUAGGCAGUAAAAUCCGAACAUAAGCUCAGCUAUGUCAGACUCUCAAAUAAUAAGUCCUGCCAUCUUGGCUGCCAGGGCUGGUCCACAAGAUUAUAAAUCUGAAUUUUAGAAAAACAUGAAAAAAGAUGUUACAUUGCACAGAGGGGCUGGGUGGAGACAAACAGACACAGACGGGCUAGGGGAGGGUCAAAGGAGACAGAUGGGGAAAGGGGGAAAACAGAGACACUGAGGGGUUGGGGAUAGGGCAGAAGAGACAGAAAGGGGCUUUGGCUACACAAAGAGAUACAGAGAGGCUGGGGAAUGGGAAAAGGAGACAGACAGAGGGAAACAAAGGCAUAGAAGGAUUGGGGAAGGGGUGAAAAAAACAGACAAGGUACUAAGGAAGGGGCAAAAGAGACAGACAGGUUCUGUGGGGGAGAAAAAGAUAAGUUCCUGGGGGGAAGUGACACACUGGGACAGGUAUAAUGAUACACACUUAAGUUCAAAAGAGAUAAAGAUGGUGCUGGAAUCUGUAUGUGCAGCAUUUCAUUAAGAAAACACAGUAUGAAACGCUGCAAAGAGAGAUUUUAUUUUGCUAACAGAGGUGUAACUCCAUCCCCAGCAGCAUCUUCAGCCAGCCUGGAACAAGAGUUUGGGACUGGCUAAUGUCAAUUCUGUGCAUAUUCUAUGCACAGAGGGUCAUUCAUUGGCUGAGAGUGGUCAUCUGAUGCUCUCAGCCAAUUAGUGGAUGGAAGGAUCAGCAUCCGGCUUCUGCAGCUCUGGAAAGGCCGGAUGUUGUCACCGGCCAUUACCAGAGGCUCAGCACCCAGCAGGGUCACAGGUCACAUUGUAAAACGGUUUGCCCCGUUAUCUGGGGAUGGUGCCAGGACACUCCUCACAAUAUAAACAUUACAGCAGGCUGCAGCGGCUGUGUAACAUGGAGUAAUUCUUUCAUGUUGAUCUAGUGUGUAAAGAUCUCCAUAAUAUAAAGGUUUAGUGCAUGCUGAUACAUAGGGAGGGCUUUAGAAAUGAAUAUUGUACAGGUGGAUAUUGUGUCUUUAAAAAUGGUAAUGUGCAGUUCUACACGUACUCCACAUUGCUCACAGAUACAACAUUCAUUCACAAUCGGUAUGUGAAUCAAAGCAAUAAAUAAACAAAAAAACAACAAUCUCACUGUAACGGAUCACCUGGCACCCUGACUGGGUACCUCCGUUGAAGGAUUCUCCUAGCGCUUCCUGAGGACUCCAAGCACUGCAGCAGACACCACAACCACUGAACCGGAGAAGCAUACGAAUGCUCUCAAGCAUUUGAAUGCUGUAAGCAGCUGAAUAGGAAAAGCAUACAAUCAGCUUACACUCCUGGCAAUCAGCAUACAAUCCAAUUCCCCCAAUAACGAGACGACACUUCGUUUUGAGGUCAAGCAGAACUGACUGGACUGGCACAUACAGCCUCUUUUAUUCACAAUCCACAAACAUUAUUACAAGCAGAGAAAUACAGUUUUUACAAAAUAUUAAUAACUUCUAAAAUAUACAUGCCAUUCACAUAAAACAUACAUUUUCAGAAUCCGCAUGCUUGAAAUAUACACAUACUCAAAAAUCAGGGCAAUCGGUUCAGGGGUUAAAAAGUUAAGGGAAAGUCCUAUUUGACAAAAUGAAGCAUGGUUUUUCUGCCCAAAACCAGAUCCACAGAGUCUUCUAUCAUGGAGAUAAUUGGGAAGUAAUCCAAUUAUCUCCAAGGACAGAGGAAAAACUCCAUUAGCCACAUGGUAGCAAAAUACAAUAAAAUAUAUAACUGUGCAUCUAUUGCAUAAAACAGGUACAUGCAACAUAUCCCCAGAUAGCUUAGAUCUGAGCACACAUUAAUACUGAAUGGCACUCAGAUCACAUACAUACAGUUCAAUUGCCAUGGAGCCAAAGUUAUACGAAUGAGCUCAAUGGCAUAGCUAUCUGGGGCAACACUGCUCACAUAGGGAAAGUACCGAAUGACCAGGCUUUUGGGUCUUUGCAGGGGAAAGUCCAGCAUUUCAACAUGGGGCCAUAGUCACAGGGCAGGAGGCUGGCAAUCAGUCUUCUCCAAUGCCCAGUGGCGAGACUGGUUCCGCCACACUCACAAUAACCCAAACAGAAUAAAACCAGCAUUAACUGGAAGAACUGUGUUUACCGUCUGCAUGUCAGAUACCGGUUUCACCAGUUCUGUUUAGAUUUACUCUGUCACUUCUUAAAACCUACUUUACACAACAAAGCAGUUAAUGUGCGACAGCAAUUCCUUGUCGCAUAAUAAGUAGAAAAAGGGGAAAAAAUAUAUGGUUUCCACCAAACUGGGAUUGCUGAGAAUUGACUGCAGGAAUGAGGAUUUUGCACAAAACUGAAACAUUCCACUACUAAAGUUAUCAGUUAUCGUGUUCAGAUAAUUUGGCCAAAAAAAUGGAAAUUCUCUUCAAUUCUUUACUAUUUACUUUUUUGUUAAUAAACUCCACAAACUAGACUUUUGGAAACUGAAGGGUAAAUUUAUACACAAGUGAUUGAGAUAAUAAAUAAAGGUUAUAGAUGGUAAAGAAGAUUAUAAAUAACACGUGCUUAUUAUAAGUAUUUAAUAACGUAAACCAAUGAAUACAGAUAACUCUAGUGACCUUGUCAUUAACAUGAUUGUCCAUGGAGAUUCAAGAAAACCAAUGUUAUGCAAACAAUGGAAUUUCCAAUUAUAUAACAAUAGCUGUCUUUAAAAAGGUUGAUUAUUUAAUUUUUCCCUCAUUACACAUGAGAGUAGACAUCACCCAAUAUUUAGCAUCUUUUCAUUAUUAUUAAUUGUCUUAUAACAAGAUGUUAAGCUCCUAAGCGGGCUGGAACAGUCUGAUAAUGUCAAUAAAAUAAACUAAAUCAAAAACAAAGAUUUUUUUUUAAAGGUUUGGUUGUUUAAUUUUAAUUUGUUUAAAAAGCAUGGUAUGCAAUGUCACUAAUUGGUACGAAUCAUUAUAAAAAAUGGAUUGAUGAUGGAAAGAGAAAUCCAAUUCAAGCAAUAGUUUCUCCUUUUUAAUUCAAUUUGGACAUUGCUUUAGAUUACGGCUUUUUAUAUCAGCAGUAACGAAAUGUCAAACCCUGAUCCUGAGAUAAAAUACUAACUUUUUGUAAGUUACUGUAUUGAUAUAAUUAUCAUCGCAAAUUAUUUAGCUAGAAAAUGGUCCAUUUAGCUUAACAGCAGUUUUAACGUACAUCCUGCUAUCAGUUUUAUUUUAACUGUAAAAUCCCACAAACUGGCUGCAUUGUACAUUCUGAUUGAAGACACGUCUUUGUAACUGGUACCAUUUUCUACAAAAACCUAAUAUAGCAUUAUAUGCACUGGUUGUAUUGGAGUAUUGGUUGUAUCUGAUAAUGACAUUUUCCAAUGGCAUUUAGCUUUGAACAUCUGAUACAAAGUUUAGUAAAUUAGUUUGUGUUAAUUAUAGAGGGGUGGGUUUAGAAGCACCUGUGUGUUAAUGACACAAUUCUGUGACCUUUAAAUAUUCUGAAGUAACCUGAAAGACGUGUAACUCCAGAAAAACUCCCAAACUCCCAUCGCCUCAUCUAUCCCACCCAUUGUGAGGAGCAGUCCUAUAAGCAGUAUUUAUCAAUCUCUCCUCGGUUCAGAGACACAGGAUUUAUUAAGGAAUAGCAGGAGAGAUCCGCUAACAUUCGCUCGCUGUUACACAGGUAUUCGGUCAGUGUUUAUAGUUUGUUUAUUUUUGUUCUGUUCGCAUCAUAUUCGAAUUAACGAUUAUAAGGUUACCUGCAGACUGUCGGAUUUAAUGGAAGGGUAAUCGCCAUAUUCCCAUUGAGGUAGGUAUAGAUAUAACCUAAACACAGCACUUGUGAAAUCAUCAGCAAAUGGCUGGAUUCGAAGAUGUAGUUACCUGAUGACGACACGAGGAGGAAGGUAAGUGUAUCUCCUUCCUCCCCAAUGACGAUAUUGUGUAAGUGGAUUUGUAUCUGUCAGGAGGGGCGCUAGUCUAAGUGACAGAUCGCUUUAAGAUAUGAAAUAUUCGAAAACCUUUAUUGAUAUCCAUAAUAACGUGUUACAUUUAUUAUAAAGUAUUUCAUCAUUCAUUGCAUUGGAGAAAAUGGUACCAGUUACACAGACGUGUCUUCAAUCAGAAUGUACAAUGCCGGCCAGUUUGUGGGAUUUUACAGUUAAAAUAAAACUGAUAGCAGGAUGUACGUUAAAACUGCUGUUAAGCUAAAUGGACCAUUUUCUAGCUAAAUAAUUUGCGAUGAUAAUUAUAUCAAUACAGUAACUUACAAAAAGUUAGUAUUUUAUCUCAGGAUCAGGGUUUGACUUUUCGUUACUGCUGAUAUAAAAAGCCGUAAUCUAAAGCAAUGUCCAAAUUGAAUUAAAAAGGAGAAACGUUUGCUUCAAUUGGAUUUCUCUUUCCAUCAUCAAUCCAUUUUUUAUAAUGAUUCGUACCAAUUAAAGUGACAUUGCAUACCAUGCUUUUUAAACAAAUUAAAAUUAAACAACCAAACCUUUAAAAAAAAUCUUUGUUUUUGAUUAUUUUUUUUAUUAUUUUUUACAUUAUCAGACUGUUCCAGCCCGCUUAGGAGCUUAACAUCGUGUUAUAAGACAAUUAAUAAUAAAGUAUAUCAGAGAUUUCGUUAUUUUACGGCAAAGUUUCUGCUGAACGCGGCAUAUUUGCGUUAAUAGUGGCGCAGCCAGCCGCAGGUUGAAUAAUCCUGUAUAUGAUGAGAUAAGGCCUCUCACGGGGGGUUUUAAAUUGUGUUUUGGAAAUGGCUUAUUCCUUCUGAUUAUCGUUUUGGUCGAUAUCAGUUAAUACGAGGGCAUUUGCCUCUAUAUCGUUUUUUAAUACUUUAUUGCUGGUAAUUAUUAGAUAACACUGUAAGGCAAUCCGUUAUCCAACACACUAGGCUAUCUAUGUUUACUAAUACAAUUUGCAAAUGUUCUGAUUUUUUUUAGAUUGACAUGAAUGUUUCCUGGGUCCAGAUUCCUGUGUGUUCCUGUACGUACUGCAGUGACAAUGGAUCUAAUUUGUAUGGUUUUCCUUCUUGUUCUGGGUGAGUGGCUGAAUCUAAUUCCAUGCAUCUUACUGAUCGUUUGUUCUUAACCUCUCAUAAAGACUGAUCCUCAUAGAACCCACCCCCCGAAUUCCGCCGUUCUGUUCCAGUGGGGAUUAUGGCAGAACUUGGACUGUUGGUGCUACUUCAAGAAUGCGUCAAGAGAUUCACUUUCCUACUGAGGAUUAAGGUUACACUCUAACAUAGAAAUACAAAACCUUUUUAGUUCUACCGUUAAAGUGUUUUCCUAUCUGCAGAGAUUCAGGUCUGAUUAUCUCAGCUAAUCCAACACUUGCUGAUAGUGAAGCAUUUGGAAGAUUGGGUGCAUGUACGGUAAUCACUGCACAAAUCAGCAUCUACUCAUAGAUAUGUAUUGACUCAAUACCAUACUAUUACUUUGCUACUACCUCACUGUUACCCAAUACAUCACUGUUACCAUGUUAAUACCUCACUAUUACCUAAAAUCUCAGUGUUAACCUUGCUGGUACCUCACUAUUACCUAUUACCUAAUACCUCACUAUUACCAUGUUAAUACCUCACUAUUACCAUGUUAAUACCUCACUAUUACCUAAAAUCUCAGUGUUAACCUUGCUGGUACCUCACUAUUACCUAUUACCUAAUACCUCACUAUUACCAUGUUAAUACCUCACUAUUACCAUGUUAAUACCUCACUAUUACCUAAAAUCUCAGUGUUAACCUUGCUGGUACCUCACUAUUACCUAUUACCUAAUACCUCACUAUUACCAUGUUAAUACCUCACUAUUACCAUGUUAAUACCUCACUAUUACCUAAAAUCUCAGUGUUAACCUUGCUGGUACCUCACUAUUACCUAUUACCUAAUACCUCACUAUUACCAUGUUAAUACCUCACUAUUACCUAAAACCUCAGUGUUAACCUAGCUGGUACCUCACUAUUACCUUGCUAAUACCUCACUAUUACAGUAAGGUAUUUGCCCCCCUACAGUCUGUAAUGAAUGCUGCUGCCAGACUGAUUUUCCUCUCUAGUCGGUCCUCUCACACCUCUCCCCUCUGUCAGGCCUUACAUUGGCUUCCUGUAUCCUAUAGGAGUGAAUUCAAAAUGCUAACCCAUACCUAUAAAGCAUUAACCAAUUCUAGCCCCUCUUAUAUCUCCUCACUGAUCCAGAGGUAUGCCACCUUCUCCUGUCCGCUGCUCGCACCCAUACAGCCAACUCAUACUUGCAGGACUUCUUGCGGGCGGCUCCCUUCCUAUGGAAUAGCCUGCCUACCCCAUCAGACUCUCCCCUAGUCUUCAAUCAUUUAAAAUGUGCCUUAAAACCCAUCUCUUUAGGAAAGCUUAUGGCCUCCCAGAGUAACCGCUACCUCACAUACCUGUCUCUUGCUGUCUCCUAAAGGGCAGCACUCUACUCUCUCCUUCAGCUCUGCUUCACUCUCACCUUAUAUUGAUAUUUCCUGUCCUAAUGUGUUUUAUACCCCACCUCCUAUAGACUGUAAGCUCGUUUGAGCAGGGUCCUCAGGGUCCAACCUAUUGUUCCUGUAAGUUUUCUUGUAAUUGUCCUAUUUAUAGUUAAAUCCCCCUCUUAUAAUAUUGUAAAGCGCUACAGAAUCUGUUGGAACUAUAUAGAUGGCAAUAUUAAUAAUAAUAUUACCUAAUACCUCACUGUAACGGAUCGACGGGCACCCCGACUGGGUACCUCCAUUGAAGGAUGCUCCUAGCGCUUCCUGAGGGCUCCAAGCACUCCAGCCGACACGGUGGACUCCUUCAGAGAGCAGGACAGGAACAAGCUCUUACAAGAGCUUAGUAGUGAUUUAGCAAGGGAGUAUGACAAGCAUAGCAACCCCUUGUAGCAGAUUCCCCCAAUAAGAGACAGCACUCUAAAUUGAGGGUGAAGUAGAACUGACUGUACUGGCACGUACAGCCUCUUUUAUUCACAUUCUACACACAUAGUACUGCCUACAGGGUUUUGAAGAACAACCAAUCAACACAUACAAUACACUCAAACAUUCCCACACAAAAUCCUCCCCUCUGCCUGUGAUAUAAUUACUGAACACAAUGGUCUAAUGUAAUUAUCACAGGCAGGAAAAUACACAGUUUUACACAAUAUUCAUAACUCUAAAAGUAUACAUCACAUUCACAUAAAACGUACAUUUUCAGAAUCAGCAUACUCCAAAUACAAACAUACGUCAAAAUCAUACAAAUUGGUCCAGUGGGUCAAAAGUUAGUUGGAAAUCCCUUUGUGACUGCCUGCAAGCAUGGCUUGGGUGUAGUAAGCCAAUUACCUCCAGCAUACAGAAAAUGGCUCUAUUCACAACAACAGUAAAAACACAUAAAAAUACACAAUUCCUAUUAUACUUCACAGAACCCCCGCAUUCAACCUAUCCCCAGAUAGCUUGGAUCUGAGCGCUCACUAUAUCCGAACAGCGCUCAGAUACCAACAGACACAGUCAAAUCGCCAUGGGGUUAAACCAUAGCAACAAGUUCCAACUGGUCUGGCAGUGUCCCUGGGACAACGCCCUGCUGGAGAACAAUAGACAGGAAACGGUGGAGGGGCACACCUCAUGAAUUCAAAGGGACAGAAAAAGUGUUUCAAAAUCCAAUAAGCACAAAUAAUGUCUUUAAAGGGCAAUACAUCCCAGGGGCCAUAGUCACAUGGCAGGAGGAUGGCAAUCAGUCUUCUCCAAUGCCCAGUGGCAAGGUCGGUUUUGCCACACUCACUGUUACCUAAUACCUCAGGGUUACCUUGCUGGUACCUCACGGUUACCUUGGUAACAUCUCACUGGGUCUUUCAGAAAUACUGGAGACUGAUAAUGUGGUUCACACACAGAAUGAAAUGCCCCUAGUGGUGAGAACAACAGUAACCUUCUGUGUGUGUCACUGAGCGAGCAAUGAGUUUACAGCUGAAAUUAUUGUUUUUAUUUGCAAAGAGUGCAAUGGGUGGGACGGAGCAGCUAAUUUCAACUGAAUCUAUUCGUGCAGCGCCCAUUGGAGGACUGGCUAAAUUUAUCAUAAAAUCUUAAAAAGUAGUAUUUACGUAGUAUUUUUUCAUUAAAGUAGAGUAGAAACAACUUAAAAAUCUUAUCUUUUCCUAUUUUCAUUUUAUUUGUAGCUGGCCCCAGCAUACGACAAACGGCAUCAACAAGCACAUCCUCAGGUAA